CCGAUGCUAACUGCUACUAGAGCGGUUGAUAAGCUAAGAUAAGCUAACUCGGCGUCUGACAACUUCUGUCUCGUACAUAUUUUUGUUUGUUUGUUUGUUUUCUCUUUGGAUACAACCCUAAAACGGAGAGGCCGGCGCAGAGGACCCGCUCGACAUUUUCUCCUAUCUGUCUGGGAUGUAUGGAUGGAUAUUUGACGGAAUCUCGUCGUUGUUUGAGCCCGCCACUGGGCAAGCUAAUAACGGGGAGCUGACAAGCGAUCUGCGGCGAGAGAGCCACGGCAGACCGGUCAAGAGGAGCUACGAGAGCGUUGAUGCAGCAGAAGGUGUUGGCCAGUGUGACCAGGUUGCAGCAAAAAGACGAAGGCGAGAUGUGGUGAUAAAUUUUGUCAAGAAGACCGUGGCCGGGGUUGCUAAUCUUCUCCGGUUUCGCAAACCCCUGAUGUCAAGCCCGAAUGAGCACAGAGGCUAUACGGAAACACAGUCCGACACUCUGGGAAUCGAUGAGCUGCGCAUGCCGUGGCUGACGAGUCCUGACUGGAGAAUGGCAGAUAAAACAGGGAUUGGGAUGAUCGAUCGGGCUCCACCCAAGGCCUUCCAGGGCUCUUUGCUCCCUUUAACGAGAAAAUUCAGUGGUACCGCAGUGUCUUCUGAGAAGAAAACCUCCCUCCAAUUGUUGCCUUCACGACCCCCUCUGAACGUGGGACUGCCCAAUGGCGACCAGAAUAGUUGCAACGGCUUUGGGCACACCCGCUUCUCCAAGCCCAGUCUGACUGUUGAAGAGGCUAUAAAGCAGAACGACAAGGAGCGCUACAGACGCCUGGUGGAGAUGGUGACGGAGAAAUACAGCAAAAGCCAACCGCUACCUUUCAGUCAAACUAAACCACAAGCUGCAUUGUUGUCCCACGGCGAGCACACGGUGACAAGGAAACCCUUCGAGUCGGCGCCCAGAAAGAUGCCGUACUCCCCUCACCCCAGCGUGGUGUCGUGGAGAAAUGGAUCUGUAAAUAAGAGCAGAUGGGGUUCCCUGCCUCUCAGCAACCCUUACACAGGAAUGCAAGACGGCAGCCAGCAUGUCAACUGCGCAAAGAAAACAGUAGCCGAGUUGGACCUCUCCGCAGAAGUCGCCACUCGCCUCAACCUAGUGGACCGAGUGACGACCGCGGUCGGCCCGGCGGGCGCUCACACGCAACCGUCGCACGUACGACACGCUGAAGACGAUGUGCCCCGACUCACAAAGGAGAUGGCAGCGGACGUGUUCCGUGCUCUGGCUCAGAGUGACCCCUACUUGGUUUUGAGUGCCGCGUUCAAGCUGCGCAUCACACAGAGAGACUUGGCCACGCUUCAGGAAGGUGGCUGGCUCAACGACGAGGUGAUCAACUUCUACUUUUGCUUGGUCAUGGACCAGUGCUCCGACUGGGCAGGGGGGGCGCGGGUGUACUCGUUCAGCACCUUCUUCUACCCCAAGCUCUGCGGCAGUCCGGGCGGGCGGGCCGGCGGGCACGCCGCGGUCAAGCGCUGGACCAAAGCCGUCGACAUCUUCCUGUAUGACCUGGUCCUGGUCCCGCUGCACUUGGGCGUCCACUGGGCUUUAGCUGUGAUAGACUUGAAAGCAAAAACAGUGAAGUUGUACGACUCCAUGGGCAAAAGACAUGACGACAUUUGCAAUCUUCUGCUCCUCUACCUGAGGGAGGAGCACAGAGCUAAGAAAGGCAGAGAGUUGGACAGCACCAAAUGGACCGUUGGCUGCAUGCGGCCCACAGAAAUUCCCCAGCAAAAAAACGGCAGCGACUGCGGCGUUUUUGUCUGUAAAUACGCCCAAUACAUCGCGAAAGGAAGGCCCCUCAACUUCAGACAGGGGCACAUGCCUCUCUUCCGGAAGUUGAUGAUUUGGGAAAUUUUGCACCAGAAGCUGCUAUAGCGAGUUCAUUGUGCGACAUGGGACACCUGCGAAGGACUUUAAGUGUGAAGGCACACAAUAUGUUGGCACAUUUUUUUUUUUUUUUUUUUUGCCUGAUUUAAUCUCUGAGUUGUAAUUAGAGAUGUCAUUUUGGAAACACGCAACUAGCGCUGGCAUCCUGUUUUUUGUUUUGUUUUUUCUUUUUUUGUUAGGAUAUUUGUAUUGGAAGUACUGCCACAAGUGCCUUUCAAUGUUCUCACACUGAAACUGGAGAGAUUGACUGCAUCCCAAGCUGCGUCAGGUCACUUGUGUUCCGUCGCAGUCGAGACACUAAUUUAUUCACGCAUUAUCCGGCAAAAGUUGAAGGUGCAUGGUGACGUUAUUUAUUUAUGACAUGACUGAAUAAUUUGUAUUUUUGUCUUUUGCUCUGAUUAGUAGGCAACUGAGAGAUGUCAGCAACGUCUGCAUAAAGUAUUGACUGCAUAGCAAACUACUGUAUACAAGUGCAUAUUUAAGUUCAUGGUUUAAAAUAUGAUCCACCCCCCUUAAAUAAAGUUUAAUAUAACCUAUGCAUACGUUAUUUUGUGGGUGUGCACAUGAAAGACCGAGUGCCUCGGUGUUCAAAAGAAGAAGGGCUGCAUUGCCGCAAUGUAAAUGUUAC